AUGACUCUCCCCAAACUCGCCAUCCUCGACGACUACCAAGGCAUCGCAGCCGCACAUUUCACCCACCUCCAACACCAACUCUCGAUAUCUCACUUCCCCAACACCCUCGACCCCCGCGAUGCCACCCAACAAACCCAACUCAUCGCGCGCCUCCACGACUUCGACAUCCUCCUCGCCAUGCGCGAGCGAACCCCCCUCUCAAAAAGCACUCUCAGCCACCUCCCAAACCUGAAACUCGUCCUUACAACAGGAACGCGCAACCGCGCGAUCGACACGGCCUACCUAGCUGAACGCGGGAUCCCAGUCGCUGGGACGGAGACGCGGGGACCGGGCGUGCAUUCAACGGUCCAGCAUACGUGGGCUCUUAUUCUCUCCGUAGCACGCCAUAUCUCUCGCGAUGACGCAAGGCUCAGAAGUGAGGAGGGGUACUGGCAGGGAUCUUUGGGGAUGAAUCUCUCGCGGAGGACGCUUGGACUGGUGGGGCUGGGGAAGCUUGGUGCGCAGGUUGGGAAAAUUGCAGCGGUCGCAUUUGAAAUGGAUGUUAUUGCGUGGAGUGCGAAUCUGACGCAGGAGAAGGCGGAUGAGGUCGCUGUUGGGAUGGGGUUGGAGAGGGGUGUUUUUCGCGUGGUUGAUAAGGAGACGUUCUUUAAGAGCGCGGACGUCGUCAGUUUGCAUUAUGUGCUGUCCGAGCGGAGUCGCGGUGUUGUUGGGAGGCAGGAGUUGGAGUGGAUGAAGGACACCGCGCUGCUGGUCAAUACGAGUCGCGGGCCGUUGAUUGAUGAGGGCGCUUUACUGGAGUGUGUUGAGAGGGGCGGGAUUGCGGGCGUGGCGCUUGAUGUCUUUGAGACGGAGCCCCUGCCCAGCGACAGUGUUUGGCGGAGUGGGAAGUGGGGGAAAGACGGGCGGAGCGAGGUGCUUCUGACGCCGCAUAUGGGGUACGGCGAUGAGCAGAUCCAUGGGUGGUACGAGGAGGUUGCGAGGAAUUUGGAGAGGUGGUUGCGUGGGGAGGAGCUGAAGACUCUGCUUACCUAG